CAGACAGAGAAGGGUGACACCCUCUGCGCAGCGCAUUGUUUCAUCCAUUUUCUCUGUACAUUUAUUCCCAUUUCUUCCCUUGUGCUUCUCUCCAACCUAAUCUACCAUUACCUUUUCUCGCUCAAGACAUGGCUGCUUCUCACAGAUCGCUUACACGUCUGACAGAUAAGAAAUGUGUGCCAUGCAAUCUGAAGGAAUUACGGCCCAUGAGUGAGGAUUCAGCACAGACUCUAAUGCCACAGGUUCCUGAGUGGAAUUUGGUAAACGAUGGUGGUGUCAUGAAGCUGAGGCGGUCAUGGACAGUAAGGACCUUCUCCAAGGGAUUGGAUUUUUUUCGAAUAGUAUCUGUUCUUGCUGAAAGUGAAGGUCAUCAUCCCGAUCUUCACCUUGUCGACUGGAAUAAUGUUACUAUAGAGAUUUGGACUCAUGCUGUUGGCUCAAGCUUUGGAAAGCGUGAACCCCCAUUUGCGGUUCCAAGAUACACCCUAAAUCAGCACAGUUCAGGCUCUGGAAAUACGUUGAAGAUUUUAACCCACAUAUUUUACAAAGGACUCUGGUUUUAAUCACUGCUUCUCUGGAAAGCAAUGAGUUCCCCCCUCUUUGGAGAGAGAGAAAAAUAGCAUACUCAGUGGAUUUAUGAAACUUACCCUUUGUUUACCCGAGUCCCCCUAGAAGCUCCUAUCAUAAAAAAAAUAAGCUUCAGUUUCUAUUUGUUCUUUUGUAGAAAGUGUGUGUCGUGAGAAUAACAUAAAAUGAAGACAAACUAGAAAGGAAAAAGGUUUUAGAUACCUUUAUAGGAGUCCAACUAGAAAACCCCUUUGAGAUCAUACAGUAUUUUGGAAGUAAAAUUCAUGAAGCCGUGGAAUGGUUAACAGUGAAGACAACAUAUGAAAAUGUGCUAUAUUAGAAAAAUUUAGGACAUGCUUGGUCUAAGAAAAUGUGUUUUGCUUU